GCCUAUAGGCCACAUAUAUCAGACAGUCCGGAUUUUUCCCUCCGCUUGCUCUCUCUCUAUUUUUCUCGCUCUCACUCCACUGGAUAGUUGCUCAGGAUCCAGGCAGGGAACGAUGUCACAAUAUUCAGGGAAGAUAGUGUUCUACGAGGGGAAGUGCUUCACAGGCCAGAGGCUGGAGGUGUUUGGCUACUGUGAAAACUUCCAGGACCGUGGUUUCAUGAACAGGGUGAACUCUAUCCGCGUGGAGAGCGGGUCCUGGGUGUGUUUCGACCAUCCCGAUUUCAAGGGACAGCAGUACAUGCUGGAAAAAGGAGAGUAUCCUGAUUUCCAACGUUGGAAUGGCCACAAUGAUCAUAUGGGCUCCUGCAAGCCAAUCAAAAUGCAUGGGGAGCACUACAGGAUGGAGCUUUUUGAGGGUCAGAACUUCACCGGUCAGUGUGUUGAACUGUGUGACGACUGUCCCUUCCUCCAGAGCUCCGGAUUCAGCAAGAACUGCCUCAACUCCGUUAAAGUCUAUGGAGACGGAGCCUGGGUCAUGUACGAGGAGCCAAACUAUCGUGGCCGCAUGUACGUUGUGGAAAGAGGAAACUACUGCUCAUUUAUGGACUGGCAAGCUGAGGAACCCAACAUCCAGUCUAUCCGCAAGGUGGUCAACUAUUUCUAAACUUCCACAUCCCAAAACU